CUCUUGUCUUGGUAACAACAGUUGUUGUCAAACGUUGCUAAGGAAGCUACUCUUAAAUAAGCCAUACUGAAUCCAAAAACUAUACCACAGCUGUAUGUCAGAUAGCAAUGAGAGAGCUUCAUCCUCCUGACCACAGCUGGUCUCAGACAUGACGAGAGGAUGACCGAAAAUGGAGAGGACCGCCCCCUCCAUCACCAAAAUCCUGCUAACGGAGAUUCAGCUGUCAAUAGCAGGACCCUCAAGACCUCCUUAGUGGAUGCCAAAUCUAGCAAGGAACACAAAGAUGCCCUUAAAAUCAAUGCUAACAAUGCAGAGGGGGAGUUCAGUCCAUACCAGCCUCGACCACCCCCACAACCCAGGCUGUCCAGCAAAAGUGUCUCAGUGGAGGAAACGCUGAGAACCAGGAGGUUGAAAAACAGCCAGGAGAGUCUGAGUGACCCGGUAGAGACUGGCUCCUCCUCAGACUCGCUUAAAGAGGAUCUGACAGCUUCAGCACAAGGUGGGUUUGUUUUCAGGGAGGCUGCCACCACAAGGAAUGACCAGGAAUUCAAUGUGAGACCCCUCUCUGCUGCUGCGUCAGGAUCCCCUGUCUCCCGGGACAGAGGGAGCAGUCUCUCUGAUCAUGGGGGGAGGCCCCGCAGCCAGCAGAGCGACACGACAGACCUACGGGCCAGGCCCAGCAAGGUGCUUCUGUCCCCGGUGCAGCCCACGGGGAAGCUGCCUGCUCUGGAGAAAGGCUUUGCGUCAGCCACUUUAAAGGCAGCUAAUAGGAUUGACGGGGAUUGUUUGGAUUAUGCUGUGUCGGCCAAAGAGAAACCCAGUGAUAGACUCCACAGGAACCUGAGCGACAGCCGGCUUCUGGAGAACAUGGGCUCUGAUAGUGCCUCUGUCCACUCCAUGAGGUCCAACUACAGCGUGCUGAGCCCCAUCAGACCCCAGGAUGUGAGGAACAGAAGCUUUCUGGAGGGCAGCGUGCUGGGAAGCGGUGCCCUGCUCGGGGCUGAGGAGCUGGACCGCCACUUCCCCGACAGGAAAGUGGGCAUCUACAUAGCCACCUGGAACAUGCAGGGAGAGAAGGGGCUGCCAACCAACUUAGAUGACCUCCUCCUCCCAACAGACUCUGAAUUUGCACAAGACUUUUAUAUAAUCGGGGUCCAGGAGGGCUGCCCUGACAGGAGGGAGUGGGAGGUCCGUCUUCAGGAGACCCUGGGACCGUACUACGUCAUGCUGUACGCAGCAGCACAUGGUGUUUUGUAUCUCACUGUAUUUGUCAGAAGGGACCUCAUCUGGUUCUGCUCAGAGGUGGAGCACGCCACAGUCACAACCAGGAUCAUCUCUCAGAUCAAGACCAAAGGGGCUGUCGGAAUCGCCUUCACCUUUUUUGGCACUUCUUUCCUUUUCAUCACAUCCCAUUUUACCUCUGGAGAUUCCAAAGUUUACGAGAGAGUACUUGAUUACAACAAGAUCAUCGAGGCCCUAGCUCUACCAAAAGGCCUUCCAGACACCAACCCAUACCGCUCCACGUCAUCCGAUGUCACCACAAGAUUCGACCAGGUGUUCUGGUUUGGAGAUUUUAACUUCCGGCUGAGUAAACCCCGGGCCGAAGUGGAGGCCAUCAUAAAGCGCACAGCGGGCGGAGAUAUGGGUCCUCUGCUGGAGCACGACCAGCUCUCCAGGGAGAUGAAGGAGGGUUCAAUCUUUAAAGGUUUCCAGGAGGCACCUAUACACUUCCUCCCCACAUACAAGUUUAACGUUGGCUGUGAUGUCUACGACACUACUUCUAAACAGAGAACGCCCUCAUUCACAGACAGGAUCGUGUUCAGGAGCAGGCAGGCUGAUGAUAUCAGAGCCUUCAAGUACACCUGCUGCUCGGCCAUCAAGACGUCCGACCAUCGGCCCGUCAUCGGCGUCUUCCAGGUCAAACUCAGGCCAGGCAGGGACAAUAUUCCCCUGGGUGCGGGACAGUUUGACAGAGGCUUGUACUUGGAGGGCAUCCGGAGGAGGAUCAACAGAGAGCUGAAGAGGAGGGAGGCCAUGAAAGGCGAAAGUACCAGCACCAUCUGCACCAUCUCCUGAACCCGUCCAAAACAAACUCUCCAGACCGGACCGCACUUGAUCCAUCUGUGCCUGAACCCGGAAUCUAAAUAAAUGAGGGCAAAAGAAGGACCAAAAGGGAACCAGUUGUCUUAACUACACAGAGGAGUGCGCCCUCUGUUGGGCGUAAACGGGAACUCUGUGUGUGGAAGUGGAAGUGGCUGGCUGUUCUUGAGGGCAGGGACCUCGAGGUCAGUCACACUGCAGACACAGCAGCAGUCUGGCUCUUAUUUAUUCAGCCCCCUCUACUCAAACAUGACUGAGACAGCAUAGGGGCUGCCAUUGUGUCAUAUUCUUCACUCGCAUGCUCCAGUGUGAACUGAUCCAACCUUUAAAGGCUCUCUAACUGCAUUCACUUUCUAAUGGUCUUUAGUGUAGGUGAUCAUAAACCACGAAGCCAUUUUUUCCUGAAUGCUUCAUCAGUAGUAAAUUGCCAUGUGGAUUUGUCGUCAAAUAGCUUAACAAACAUUAUCUAAUUUUGGUGGCACAUAGAGGUGCACUGUUUAAUGUAAUUAAGGCGUCAGCCACUGGUCAAUUUUAACUUGAAUUAUUUUCAGAGCUAAAUGUUUUGUAGGAGAGUUGUGACUGAAGAAGGGAGGUUAACAUUCCCAGACUGACAUUAAACGCUGGUUUGUUACAACUUUUUACUGUUGAACUUCAGGGAGACCAAAUGUAUUUGGCAGCCUAUAUGUAACUUUCUGAAACAGGAACUCACAUCUUUAAAUAGAUGAUUGCACUGUUAAUGCCUGUCACGUCUUUUUCUCGUAUUAGGCCAAGUAACCCAAUGCCUUACCUCUCAUCUCACUGCAGUGUAACCUCAUACUAACUGUCCAUGUACUGUAUGGAACACAUUAAUGAAAUCGCAUUCCCAGCAAGAAUAAAGUGCCUGUGGGUCUUGUUUUUGUAUCCUUAAGACCUCUUAACUUUAUCUGCAUAUUUUUACACGUCACCCAUGAUGUAACAUCCUGUAAUAAACAUUUUAAAACAC